UACUUCCAGUCACCUGCCUCUGAGCAUUCAUUCUGUUUUGUUUCCUGGGUGGGGUAAGCUUUGUCAGCUACCUGCCGAGUGUUUGUCUUGGUUUGUUUGCGGGGAGGUCAGAUGACAGCUGUCUAAAGCAAGCGCUGUUUUCCCCUUUGCCUUUGUUAAUCGCAGGAAGUCAGUUCUGGUGGAUUUGUUCCAGGAGAUCUCCAGAUCAUUGUGAAAUCUAUUGACACCAGGCAGGUGCCUUCGCUGAAUACGCUUAAAAUAUAUUUGUUUAGCCAUACCUACAGAGCUAUUCCGCCUGGCUUUCAAUUUGAACUUAGCCUGAUCUUUUAUUCCCCUUCCUUCCCUACCCCUCCCCUUUUCAUGAAGAUUACCCACUCUGGGAUCCCACAGCUAAUUCUCCCCUGGUCUCCUCGCUGGCAAAAUAGGCAUAGCUGUCAACUUUUCCCUUUUCUUGCGAGGAAUCCUAUUUGGAAUAAGGGAAUUUCCCUUUAUAAAGGGAAAACAUUGACAGCCAGCUAGCCCUGGUGAUCAUCUAAUGUUUAUUGGGUGGAUUUCCUCCCCAAACUGAUUUUUGAAUUCUGAAUUUAUUGUUAUUCCCGUUUUAUACUGUAUUUUAUGCUGUUUUUUGUUGCAUCAAUUAAGUGUUUUAAAUUUGUUGUUAGCCGCCCUGAGCCUGGUUUUCUGAACCGGGAAGGGCGGGGUAUAAAUAAAGAAAAUUAUUAUUAUUAUUAUUAUUAUUAUUAUUAUUAUCAUUAUUAUGCUAUCUUGACUUAUUAUUGUUAAAUGUUUUCAACUGUCAUUUCUUAUUUUAUUAAAUAUUUGGUUUAAUAUUUCUUGCAAACCGCUUGGUUUAAUAUUUCUUGCAAACCGAUGUUUUCGCUACAGUGAGGUGGUACUCAAAUCCUAACCCUGAAUUUGUGGAUACACGAUUUUCAUAGAAUCGUAGUGUGGGAAGGGACCCCAAGGAUCAUCUAGUCCAACCCCCUGCAGUACAAGAAUCUCAACCAAAGCAUCCAUGACAGACGGCUCUCCAACCACUGCUUAAGAACCUCCAGGGAAGGAGAGUCCACCACCUUCCAAUGGAGAUCAUUUUGCUGUCGGAACUGCUCUUCCCAUCAGAAACUUCAUCCUCAUGUUUAGUUUCAGCCUUCCUGACGCCCUCCAGAUAGCAGAGCCGGUGGUCAUUCACAGGCCCCAUUUUCUAUGCUUGGAACUCUUCACUUGUUUAAUAGCUUGCCGAUCAGAAGGUCGGCGGUUCGAAUCCCCGCGACGGGGUGAGCUCCCGUUGCUCAAUCCCUGCUCCUGCCAACCUAGCAGUUCGAAAGCACGUCAAAGUGCAAGUAGAUAAAUAGGUACCACUCCGGCGGGAAGGUAAACGGAAGUGCAAGUAGAUAAAUGGGGGGGGAGCUUAGAAUAAACCCUGACUUCCACCAUGGAGAGGGACACGGGUGGCGCUGUGGGUUAAACCACAGAGCCUAGGACUUGCCGAUCAGAAGGUCGGCGGUUCGAAUCCCUGUGAUGGGGUGAGCUCCCGUUGCUCAGUCCCUGCUCCUGUCAACCUAGCAGUUCAAAAGCACUAAGUGCAAUUAGAUAAAUAGGUACCACUCCAGCGGGAAGGUAAACAGCGUUUCCGUGUGCUGCUCUGGUUCACCAGAAGCGGCUUAGUCAUGCUGGCCACAUGACCCGGAAGCUGUACACCGGCUCCCUCGGCCAAUAAAGCAAGAUGAGCGCCACAACCAAAGAAUCGGCCACGACUGGACCUAAUGGUCAGGGGUCCCUUAACCUUUACUUUUACCCAUAUAUCUAGGGAACAACAGCAGGAAACAUGCAUUGAACCUGCGAGAAAGAAGAGAGAGGGAAAGAAGAUAAUAAAUUGCUGACAAAAUGUUAUAACGAUGAAAGUGGGAGCGGGAGAUGUGAGGAAGUCCAAAGAAAAUGUGAAAUUAUGUUAAGACAAAUGUUAUAUUGUUUAUUAUGUUUAUUUCUAUUGUAAAACCCAAUAAAUUGUUUAAAAAAAAAAAAAAAGAGAAAGAAGAGAGAGGGAGACCUGAGAGUUAUAUCUUGAGGGAUGUGCUAGAGACAUCCAGACAUCCGUUCGACUUCCAAAACAUUUGGGAACCAAGGUGCAGCUUCCAAUUGGCUGCAGGAAACUCCUGCAGCCAAUCAGAAGCCGCAUCAGAUGUUUGGGUUCCAAAGUACGUUUGCAAACCGGAACAUUCACUUCUGUGUUUGUGGCAUUUGGGAGACAAAACAUUUGACUCGCAAGGCGUUCAGGAUCCAUGUUGCAUGCACUAAAGGUAAAGGUAAAGGGACCCCUGACCAUUAGGCCCAGUCAUGGCGGACUCUGGGGUUUCGGUGCUCAUCUCACUCUAUUGGCCGAGGGAGCUGGCAUACAGCUUCCGGGUCAUGUGGCCAGCAUGACUAAGCCGCUUCUGGCGAACCAGAGCAGUGCACGGAAACGCCGUUUACCUUCCUGCCAGAGCGGUACCUAUUUAUCUACUUGCACUUUGACGUGCUUUCGAACUGCUAGGUUGGCAGGAGCAGGGACCGAGCAACGGGAGCUCACCCCGUUGCAGGGAUUCGAACCGCCGACCUUCUGAUCAGCAAGUCCUAGGCUCUGUGGUUUAAUCCACAGCGCCACCUGCGUCCCUGUUGCAUGCAGUAGUUGCAUUUAAACUAAAUAUUAUUUCAUUGCAUUUUAAUAUUGUCUCUUGUUCUGGGAUUGUGUGAACAAUGAGGAACAGGUUACAAAUAAAAUUGACAAAGAAAUAACAUGCAGCAUUAAAGCCUUCGUAGUUGUUGGAUGGGAGACAAUAUCCUCUCACAAGAGUUAUUCCUUCCUUCUCUAGUCCAUUGCUAUCCUGCUGUUCUCUUAACAGGUCCCACAAGCUACAUCCUUUAGCGACGCGGUUUCGAGGGUCUCUGCCCACCAUGGCCUCAGCUCAGCCGUCCGCUUACAUAGUCGAGGAAGCCAGGUGUCCCCUCUGCAAAGAGUAUUUCACAGACCCCGUGAGCGUCGACUGCGGCCACAGCUUUUGUUGGGGUUGCAUCAAGGAGCACGCGGUGAACUGGAACGUCCUGUGGACCUUGAGGUGCCCCGUCUGUAGCGCCAUCCUCCAGAAAGGGAAGUUCCGGGCAAACUGGCAGCUGGCAAAUAUCGUGGAAAGGAUUAAACUCCUGCCACUGAAUCUGGGGAAGAGGGAGCUGUGCGAGAGCCACAGUGAAAAGCUCGGCCUGUUCUGCAAAGAGGAUGAGAAAUUGGUGUGUGAGCUUUGUCGAGAAUCUGAAGAACAUUGGACACACACACUGCUUCCGCCGGAGGAGUCUGUCCAAGGGUACAAGGUGGGAAAUAACUUGAUAAUGGCAUCCUUUUCAUUUUCUUGGGAAUGCCAAAUAUAGCUCAUGUUGAUUCUUGUUAACUUUUGCUGGAAAAUAAAUCCCAAGCUAGUCUUGCAGGUUUUGCUGUGAUCAGAUACUCUGAUUACAGGCAUAGUCCAGUAGGAAGUGUCAUUUUAGGGGGUGAAACUUAAUUUUUGCAAAAAUUUUCAGUGAGUGGUCUUAAAAUUAUGUUUUUGGGUGUGUGCUAUUAUUUUUGUGAUUGGACGACAUUUAGCUUGGUAAGUCUAUGUUUGUUGAAGCAGCACAUAAACUGCUUCAGAAAACCACAGAUUUCUAAUUUUGCCUUCUGAAAAUGUCAGGUAGUUCUAAAUAAUAAAAAUAAUUAAAUAAUAAAAAUUAUUAUUAAUAAUAAUAAUAAUAAUAAUAAUAAUAAAAAAUUAUAACUACAAUUACUUGUCAAUCAUUUCUAAUGAUUUCUAUGCCAUGCCACACACAUAUUACUUACCAAGCGAAACCAAAUAAUAUUAAUUUAACAAAAAUAACUUUUGAAUCCCCUAGUUAUGUUAAAACUUUUUAACACCCCCCAUUCUUGGAAUGUGAAAGUUGAAAAAUUCAAGAUGGCCUAAAUUGGCCUAUGCUUUAAGUCUUUUUAAGUGAUAUUUUUGAUUUGACAACAUAUAGUGAAUGAAGAGUUGACCAAAAUGGAAUUCCUCAUUCCUUUGCACACAUCUUUUUCAUUGAUUUUCAUUUCCCCCUCCAAAUUGAUCACUAAUUGAAACAAAUUAAAUUAAAUUAAAACAAAUUUAAUAUUUAAUCUAAACAAAUUAAACAUUUCCCCCCGAAUCUGACUUCCCACAUGCCCCACCGGAUGUGUUAGUGGUUCUCUUUGGUGCUGCGUCAUAUUCCCAGUUAAUCCUAGUCUAACUUCAAACAUUACAAAUAACCUUACAUUAUAAUAUACUUGCUUUUUUUAAAAAAAAAACACACCUUAAUUUAUUUUCAGACAACAAUCCACCAAUCAAUUCCUGCACGUAUAUUAAAUUAACAUUUCCUUGUUUCUUUUCAGGAUCGUCUCUACAGCUGCCUGGAGACUCUGAAGAAAGAGAGGGAGAGAGUUCUGUCAUACAAAGCAGACACAAAAAGGGAAAGCAAAGUCUUGCUCGUAAGUGUUGCUCUUAUUGAGAAGUGAAGGACUGCUAGGACUAGCUAACAUCUGUACAGUUGUACCUUGGAAGUCGAACGGAAUCUGUUCUGGAAGUCCGUUCGACUUCCAAAACGUUCGGAAACCAAAGCGCGGCUUCUGAUUGGAUUCAGGAAGCUCCUGGCAGCCAAUCGGAAGCUGCAUUGGACGUUUGCCUUCCAAAAAAAAGUUCGAAAACCGGAACAGUCACUUCCGGUUUUCGAUCGUUCGGGAGCCGAAAGGUUCGGCAACUAAGCCAUUUGAGAUCCAAGGUACGACUGUAUUAUGGGGUGAGGAGCUGGCGUGGGCCUGAGGUGGGGCAGCUGUGGUGAUCUCCCUGAGCGCAUUUGGGGAGGGGGGGCGCUGUUGGGAUACUGCCAGGGAGACAGAGGCAAUCAGGCAGGCCUCCAUCGUUGUCUCUGGACGAUCUCCCGGUCUCCCGUUGGAACAGCAUCAGUCAAUUAGGGACACGAGCCUCAGUCACGUUCCAAGACUCGUGCACGCCCUUUUCGCAGAGUUUCCACAACGGAAGAUUCACCCAGAAGAGCAUAUUUACAGCUUUAUUCAACGUUGGUCAGAACCAAGGAAAAACAUGACCGCUUGCAUCCGUGUCGAGGGAAAACAGCCAGAAACAAAAGCUAUAUACAAAACGGAAACUCCCUGUGAGCAGGAAGUACGCAGGCUUGUGACACACAACAGCCUGUUCCCUUUUUAAGGAGGAACGGAAAUAUCCUAACAGGCGCUUCCUUUUCUUCUUCCCCUGCCUGCUUAUUUCAGAAGCAAACGAAAGCAAAGAGGAAAAAGACGUUGCUUGAGUUCAGGCAGCUGCGCCAGUUCCUGGAGGAACAAGAGAAGCUCAUGCUGGCCCAGCUGAAACAAGCGGAGAUGGAGAUCCGGUGGAAGAGGGACGAGCGCAUGGCCCAGCUGUCCGGCGAACUCUUUGCCCUCGAGUGCCUCCUCCGGGAGGUGGAGAAGAAGCGCCAGCAGACAGCUGGCGAACUCCUGCAGGUAAAAUGGCGGAAGGAGCAGCGUGAGGUUGAAGAGUCAGCGUGAGGUUGGCCCCAAAGCAACUGUGUUGCUCCUUCACCCACACAAGAAACGAAGGGGCCCGGUUUAGGAAAGUCAGAGGCACUACCUGUUAUGUACUGAAGUUCUCACCCUGGGCCAGCAGGGGGAUACUGUAGAUAGUUAUGCAAAUAGGGGAUCGAAAGUGGCGUUCAGUGAUUGGAUGGUUUUAGAAAGUUGUUACAGUUACAUUGUACUGGAGCUCUAUAUAAGCAGGCUGACUGAACCCUUCAGUUCAGUUCUGUUCUAGCUUGUGAAUAAACUAGAGCUGUUUGAAGAAUCGCUGUGUCGUGUGAUAUGUUCACCCACAACUUAACACUGGCGACGAAGGUGGGAUUGAUGGACAUCAGAGCACAGCCAGAUGCAGGCACCCUCUGAGCUGAGCUGAAUCACUGAGCUGAAACACCGAGCGAAAUCACUGAACAUCACUUUCGAUCCCCUAUUUGCAUAACUAUCUACAGUAUUCCCUUGCUGGCCCAGGGUGAGAACUUCAGUACAUAACACCACCAAAUUUCAAGGACACAGUUCAGACAUAAUUUGUAGUAAUUUAUUCUUUAUUUUCCGCCUAUCUGGAUUGCUCCAGCCACUCUGUGUGGCUUCCAACAAAUUAUAAAACCACAGUAAAAUACCAGCCAUUAAAAACUUCCCUAUACAGGCAUACCUCAUGUUGUGUCCGCUUCAGGUUACAUGUUUUCUUGUUGUUAUGAUUAUUAUUAUUAAUUUAUUAUUUAUACCCCGCCCAUCUGGCUGAGUUUCCCCAGCCACUCUGGGCAGCUCCCAGUUGAAUGUUAAAAACAAUACAGCAUUAAAUAUUAAAAACUUCCCUAAGCAGGGCUGCCUUCAGAUGUCCUUUAAAGAUAGGAUAGCUGCUUAUUUCCUUCACAUCUGAAGGGAGGGUGUUCCACAGGGUGGGCGCCACUACCGAGAAGGCCCUCUGUCUGGUUACCUGUAACCUCACUUCUCACAAUGAGGGAACUACCAGAAGGCCCUCGGCGCUGGAUCUCAGUGUCCAGGCUGAACGAUGGGGGUGAAGAUGCUCCUUCAGGUAUACUGGACCGAGGCCGUUUAGGGCUUUAAAGGCCAGCACCAACACUUUGAAUUGUGCUUGGAAAUGUACCGGGAGCCAAUGCAGAUCUCUCAGGACCGGUGUUAUGUGGUCCCGGCAGCCACUCUCAGUCACCAGUCUAGCAUUCUGAAUUAAUUGCAGUUUCCGGGUCACCUUCAAAGGUAGCCCCACAUAGAGCGCAUUGCAGUAGUCCAAGCGGGAGAUAACUAGAGCAUGCACCAUGUCCCGCGGCAACCCGGAAGUACUGGAACGGGUUACUUCUGGGUUUCGCUGCUCGUGCCUGCGCAGAAGCACUAAAUCACACCCCGCACAUGCGCAGACACGGCACUUCAGCUUGCAUCAGUUCCAUGUUACGGACGGGCCUCCGGAACGGAUCCCAUCCGUAACACGAGGUUCCACUGUACAGGGCUGCCUUCAGAUGUCUUCUAAAAGUUCUGUAGUUCUUUAUCUCCUUGGCAUCUGAAGGGAGGGCGUUCCACAGGGCAGGCGCCACCACCGAGAAGGCCCUCUGCCUGGUUCCCUGUAACCUCACUUCUUGCAGUGAGAGAACUGCCAGAAGGCCCUCGGAGCUGGACCUCAGUGUCCGGGCAGAACGAUGGGGGUGGAGACACUCCUUCAGGUAUACAGGGCCAAAGCCAUGUAUGUACCGCUUUUAUUUUUACUUUUAUGUAUUUAUUUAUACCCCGCCAUUUUCCCUGGUGGGACUCAAGGUGGCUUACUGCUUUUGAGUGGGCUGGGCUUGGCAAGUCUUGCCAGCUUGUUCCCAGAGGGCACCCGUCUCAAUGCUGAAACAUUGUAAUGUGGGUUGCUGCAAACACUGAAUUCUGCCUUGCCUCUCUCUUUUCCCCUGCAGGAUAUUAAAAGCUUCUUGCAGCGGUAAGUGGCUUGACUGGCAACUGGCACCACCAACCAUCACAUUCCUCUCUGUGUGUGUGUGUGUGAGAGAGAGAGAGAGAGAGAGAGGGAGAGAGAGAGAGAGAGAGGGACUCUUACUCUCUUUCUCCUGGGCUGUAGGUAGCAGCUGAAUAGUUUUGAGCAUGCCGGUGUCACAUGGAGUUGCUAUUUUGCCCUCACAUGUCUUAUUUAGGGGGUCCGACUGCGCUAUUUUAUUUUGUUUAUUUGUUUUUAAAACUGUUGAUUUCAUCUGUGUUUUGACCGUUUUAUUAUUUUUAUUAGGGUGUCUACUUCUUUCUGUAAUCCUGCUGAUUUUAUUGGUGUUUUCCUGUGAAUGUUUUAUGUUAUGUAAACUGUUUAGAGCAGGGGUCAGCAAACUUUUUCAGCAGGGGGCCGGUCCACUGUCCCUCAGACCUUGUGGGGGGCCGGACUAUAUUUUGAAGGGAAAAAAUGGAACAAAUUCCUAUGCCCCACAAAUAACCCAGAGAUGCAUUUUAAAUAAAAGGGCACAUUCUACUCAUGUAAAAACACGCUGAUUCCUGGACCGUCCGCAGGCAGGAUUUAGAAGGCAACUGGGCCGGAUCCGGCCCCCGGGCCUUAGUUUGCCUACCCAUGGUUUAGAGGCUUUAAAAAAAACUAAGUUGUAUAUACAUUUCAUUACAUUUAAAAAAAAAAAAUAUUGAGGGGCAAUUACCUCCUUGCCAAUACACCCCCCCCCCUCUGUCUCCAGGCUCUCUGAGGUAUCUUUCCAACACAUCCUUUUCUUUUCUUUUUUGGCUUAUUUGGGAAUACGGAGUUGGGUGGACAAUGGGUUAACAUUGUUGUUAUGCCAGGUGUGAGGAAAAGGAGGCAUUCGAGAAUCCCGAGGCUUUUUCUCCUGAGCUGAAGUGGAGGAUCUGGGACUUCUGUGAUAAAACCUCUUUUCUCGAGGGUGCCAUGAAGCAGUUCAAAGGUGAGGGGAAAAUGGAUGCAAAGAUUUGAUACAGAACAUCUUACAUGUCCAAAAGUGAGCUUGAGGUGGGCCAUAGCCGCAGGUUAUAAGGGUGGCAAGGAAAGUUCUUUUCAGCUUCCCUUUAAAAAAAAUUUUAAAAAUUAAGAGAAAGUUUCUGUUCCUUUUCCUUGUGGAGAUAAAAGGAAAAACCUGUAGGGAUUUUUCUUUUUUUCUUUUUAAAUGAUAUUUAUUAAAAGUUUAAAAAUUACAGAAAAAAAGAAGAAGAAAAAAAUAACAAUAAAAAAGAAAAAAACAAUAACAAAACAUAUAGAACAUGUAAAAACCAUACAUCAAUACAGCAAAAAAGACAGACAAAAAAGAAAACUAAAACACACAUCUAGUAUUCCAUGUCUUUACCUUUUCUUUACUUGUUUCAUCAACCUCCUCACACCUCCCUUUUUUUGUAUUCUAGUUCAAUUCACUAUUUCAGCAAGUUCUUCCCAUCUUUCUCAAUUUUUAUUCUAUAGUUUAUCUUAACGAUCUAACCUUGAAUUUUUUCAAUUUACCCAUUAUCAAUCUACUUUUACUUAAUUCUUUGUUGUAUUUCUACUAAAACCAUGUAACUUCAUUCCCGCAUCCUUCUAACACUCAUUAAUUUUAUAAUGUUUCUGUAAGUAUACUUUAAAUUUUUUCCAAUCUUCUUCCACCGAAAACCUGUAGGGAUUUUUCUAUCCAAUAAGAUUAAAACUGCCUCCUGCUUCCUUCACUUAGAGGUGAAAAGCUCUUGAGGUAACUGUGGGACAUUAGGCAUUUAUUUCAAAAUAGCGUAGAAUUGGUGCUUGCUAAUUAAUAAUUAGUUUCUUUAAUUUAUAAUAUAUUUAAAGAACUUGUGUUGGCUGUUCAACCUUGACUAGUGAAUACAGGCUCCAGCCAGAUGUUAUUAACUACAAGGGGCCCUGUGGUCUAAACUACUGAGCCUCUUGGGCUUGUCAAUCAGAAGGUCAUCAGUUCAAAUCCUGCUCUGUCCCAGCUCCUGCCAACCUAGCAGUUCGAAAGCAAACCAGUGCCAGUAGAUAAAUAGGUACCACUGUGGUAGGAAGGUAAACAGUGUUUCUGUGCGCUCCAGUUUCCGUCAUGGUGUCCCGUUGUGCCAAAAGCGGUUUAAUCAUGCUGGCCACAAGACCCAGAAAGCUGUCUGUGGACAAACACCGGCUCCCUGGGCCUGAAAGCAAGAUGAGCGCCACACCCCAUAGUCGCCUUUGACUGGACUUAUUAACUACAAUCUCUAGAGUCCUUACUCCUAGCCUCGUUUACUAUUAUAUUUUAAUUAAGGAUGAAUGUUUCAGUGUUUUGAUGACAUUUUUUAUUGCUCAUAUUUUUAUCAUUGAUUUCAUACAUGUAAACCACUGAGAAACCAUUUGGGCAAGCAAGCGGUAUAUAAAUGAAUAAAUAACAACAACCCAAGCCAGCUGCAGACUUUUCUUAGUCUGAGGAGAGGAAACGGGAAUUCAGGAGGCUGAGGUGAAUUUAAGGUGAUGGAGGAGUAACAGAGUUGAGGGGAAUACUUCUCUGCCAUCAAAAACAUGUUUUUACUUAACCCUCCCACUGAAAUAAGGGAAAAAAUGUGUGAAAUGACAUUGCCGUUACAAGAUUUGCUUUAGGCAUGGCAGUGUGAUCUUAAUAUCUCGCUCCUCCUUUUUCUUUUCACAGACACUCUGGUAUUUGGAGUCAAGGUGCAAGAAGGUAAAUUUUGGGGGCUUUUGAGGGAAAACAUUCACAGGAGGUGAAUCUUGUGAGAAAACAUUUCAUUAUCAUCUCAUAAUUCUGUCCUGGUGGCUCUGAAACCAUCCGUGGAAAGUUAAGGGAAAGCUCCAUGGCUGUUGAUAUAUAAAUAUCUUUAUUAAUAUUAUUGAAAUUAUAUUUUUAUCCCGCCCUUCCUCCCAAAAGAAGCCCUUUGUCAGGAAGAUAAAAGAACUUAUUCUACUGGAUCAGACUAAGGAUCAAGCUACAUUUUCCUUUAAUAUGCAUAAUGCAGGUGUGCCAGAGCUUUUCUUCUGGCUCCAGAAGUAAGCUCAGUCCCCCAAUCCGAUUUAGGAUUCAGCCAUGGUGGUGGGGCAGCUUUGGGAAGGUACCGUAUUUUUUGCUCUAUAAGACUCACUUUUCCCCCCCUAAAAAGUAAGGGGAAAUGCGUGUGCGUCUUAUGGAGCGAAUGCAGGCUGCGCAGCUAUCCCAGAAGCCAGAACAGCAAGAGGGAUUGCUGCUUUCACUGCGCAGCGACCCCUCUUCUUGUUCCGGCUUCUGAGAUUCAGAAUAUUUUUUUUCUUGUUUCCCUCCUCCAAAAACCAGUCUUGUGGUCUGGUGCAUCUUAUAGAGCGAAAAAUACGGUAGUUUGUGGGGAUGGGGGUAGCUUGAGCCCUUUGGCCUUUGCUGUGGACCUGAGGUGCAUCUGCAUCCCAAAAAAUUGCUUGUGGGGGGGAGGUCUCUGUUCAGGUUGGGGCCACAAUAGGUGGCAAAGGGUUAAAGCACUAUUCCACACGGACCAGACCCAAUCCAGAUCUCAAAGGUGUGCUUUCUUUGGAGUAAGGGGAGGAAUCAGUGAUACAACUGCAUGUGACAUCCUAAUCGUAGGUAUGAUUUGGCCCUUAGUUUGAAUUCAGUAGCAUGACACUAAUGGCAGCACAUUGUUGAGGUCAAAGGGGGUCCAAGCUCAUCCAAUCCACUCUUAACAGUGGCUGUCCAGGUAACUGUGGAAAAUGCCCCAGUCCUGAAUACAUUGAAUGCAGGCCUUAAUUAACCAUGAAGCUAAAUAAGGGCCUGCUUAGGGCAUCAAGGGAAGGCAGGCACCACAGAAAUUUUCCAUUGCCGGAUUUACCACAGACCAUAUGGUGCAGCAAAACCAUGUUCCACAAAAAAAAGGCUCCCGCAAUUAAUGAAAAAAUUGCAUAUAUUCACAUAAUAAUAAUAGUAGUAGUAGUAGUAGUAGUAGUAAUACUGUAAUAGUAAUAAUAAAUGAUAUAUGGUUUACUAUUGUUUCUAUUUUGAAUUGGAUAUAUGUGAGGGUACCAAAAUUAUAUAUAUAUAUAUAUGCACAUUUUUAAUACUCGCAUCCCAGAUUCCCUCCACUCACCACCAGUUAUACAACUUUCAUACCUAUCACUGCAUACAACUAAAUACCUGGUGACUCCCCUUCUCCCCUUCCCCUGGUUUCUUUGCUUUUCUACUAAAUCAGGUAUUCCAAAUCUUUAAUCUUCACAUUUCUUCCUCUGUUAAUUUCUGUUAGCUCCUAGCCUGCUGGAUUUACUCAAUACCUGCAGGGUUAUUUACUUGUUUAUACUGGCUCUUAAAAUAGUCAAUAAACAUUUUCCAAUCCUCCUUGUAUCCUCUAUCAUCCUUUUCUCUUAUCCUAUCUGUUAUACCUGCCAAUUCAGCAUACUCUUCCUUGCCACUCCUCCUUAGUAGGCGCCAUAUUUGUUCUCCACCUUUGUGCCAAUACGAUUCUAGCCACAGUGGUGGCACAUAAUAAUAAAUUCUUUUGUUUCUUAGAGACUUCUGUUGUUAGCAUUCCCAAGAGGAAUGUCUCAGGCUUUGGGGGGAAGGUGUUUUUUUAAUAUCUUUUUUAACUGAUUGUAAAUUACUUCCCAGAAUUCCCUAAUUACAGGACCACAACAUGUGGAAAAAAGGUCCCUUUACACUAGCAUCUUAGAUUACGCAACUUCAGGUUGCAAAAGCAGCAAUCCUGGAAGUAUUUGACCCGGUUUCGCCCCGCGCACAUGCGCAAAAGCGGUCUACCGCCACGCUCACGCGUAUAACAGUGAUCCUUGGGUUGUGAAAACCUUAGGAUCCGGCUGGACCUCUGGAACGGAUCCCUUUUGCAGCCGGAAGUACCACUGUACUUAAUUGCAUUUCCAGCAUUUGCUUUUUUCUGUUUUAAAUAUUUUCACUAGUUUUGGCAGGUGUUAAGUACCAUCUGUGGGUCAUUUUCACCAUAUAUAUUUUUAGUGCAUAACACGCCGUUAGAUUCAUAUUUACUGUCCAUAAAUUCUCCCAUAGCUCAUAAUUAAUAUUAUGACCCGCAUCCUGGGCCACCAAAAUCUUAGGGCCUCUAAACAUAGCUGUCAACUUUUCCCUUUUCUUGCGAGGAAUCCUAUUCGGAAUAAGGGAAUUUCCCUUAAAAAAGGGGAAACCUUGACAGCUAUGCCUCUAAAGGUCUUAAUCCAGCCCUGAUUGUAUGGAAAUUCUAUUGAUUUGGGCGGGAGCAGCAUUCUUGAGAUUGUAUCAGGUCUUAAAUCUGUCUCCUGGUUAAAGUGACUUCUCUUUCCUUCCCUCAUAACCCCACCGAAUCCCCAACAGAACAUAUAACUCUGGACCCGGACACAGCUCAUCCCAACCUCAUCCUGUCUGAAGAUCACAAAAGCUUGAGAUGGGGAGAUGAGUGUCAAGAACGGCCGGACAACCCAGAGAGAUUCGACAAGACGCCUUUUGUGCUGGGGCGCGAGGGGUUUGCAUCGGGCAGACACUUCUGGGACUUUGCUGUGGGAAGCGACGGAGGGUGGGCCGUGGGGGUCACCAGGAAAUCUCUGAGCAGAAAGGGUGUGCUGUCCUUGAAUUCGAAGGAAGGGAUCUGGGCUGUGGGGAAGCUGGGGAGUAGAUACUCUGCCACCAACAACCCCCACUAUUCUCCUCUGACCCUGAGCGGGGCGCUCAAGAGGAUCCGAGUUUUUCUGAAUGUUGAAGGGGGUCGGGUGGCCUUUUUCGACGCUGACAGUGGAGUUCCCCUCUUCACCUUCUCGGGGGCCUCAUUUUCUGGAGAGACUCUUCUGCCUUUGGUUUUUCUCAGGGACAAAGCCCACCUCACUCUGUCACCUAAAGAUGGCAAGCUCUCCCUCACAGGCCAUGAUGAUAUUGCUCUGUUGGGAUCCUGAUAAUUAUUUGGUUGAAUGUGAGAACGUACUCCUCAGGGCGCCUUAUUUAUAGGUCUGAGAGAACCAGGCCCCAGAUUCAAGAACAUCCACCCUUUGUGGGCCCAAGUAGUAGUAGGAGAGAGAGAGCAGCUGUUACUUAGUGCUUAAUAAUAAUAAUAAACUAUUCUAUUUAAGACCCAGGACUCAUUCCAGGGUUUUGAGGAACUCUUCAAGUGUCUGUGGUUAUGGCUGCUAUCUUUAUUUACCCAAACUGCAAUGUUCAAAGUUCUAGUUCAGGCAUAUUGUGGGCGAAGAGCCGCAGCAGCACCGCCUCCAUCAUUUUGCUCCCUGGUGUACUUCAUGGUGGAACCAGGCUUGUAAAGACUUAAUUGAUGCUUUCCCCCAGGAGUGACUAUUAAUACCGCACAUUAAUCAUAUUACUUUGAUUAAUUAUAUAUAUUGGUCCAAAUACAGAGCUGAAAAAGGAAACAUGAGCUUCUAUUCGGAGGGAAUCUGAGAAUUCCCUAUUCCUGCUAUACCUUUAUGUCUUAAAGAGGCAGUAAUUGUGCAUCAUGGUCGUUGAGAAGAUCCAUAUACGGUAUCUGUUCUCACCCCUGAUCUCAAUUUCUAUUUUUCUUCUCUCCCUGCCUACCUCACAAAAUGUUUACAAGCUGUUAGUGAGAUGGAGUGGAAAGAAAACAUUCAUAGUUUCUGAAAUAUACUCAGAGUCGAGUGUGAAUUUCAUGCUCUUUAUUCAGCUCAUAGUAGCAAUGAAUGAAUUUUUCCCCAAAACACAGUGGGCCCUGCGUGAUUGGCUAAUUCCGGGCUGCUCCUGUAGGCCAAUCAGGUUGUGGAGUCACCUCCUCCAGAAGUCUGAUUGGCUGCUCCUGCAGGCUAAUCAGGUUGCUGAUUCACUUCAUCCAGGAGACAGACUGGCUGCUCCUGCAGGCCAAUCAGGUCGCUGAUUCACUUCCACCUGGAGCUGGAUUGGGUGGCUCCUACGGACCAAUCAGACUGCUGCAUUCUGGAUCCUAUUGUUCUAGGAUUCAGCUCAGUACAUUACAGUUUCUAUGCAGGCAGACCAACAUGACAUUCUAGGCAAAACACCUUUCUCCAAAGAGGCCUACAUAUUUGUUGUUUAGCAAGCACCAAAUGAGAGAAGGGGAUACCUAUUUUGAAGCAGGUAUAGGUAAAUCUGAUUGAUGCAAGGGAACAUUAUUUCACAGUGGGAGAAUACAUCCCCAUGUAUUUGGUUGUUGCAUAAUACUGGGUCCCCAGUAUGGCAGCUGUGGGUCCCUGGAUGUCCCUCCUGAUUUUCAUUUUUAUUUUUUUUAAUGUCUUGGGUUGGUUGGGGAGGUUUCUUGUUUCAGUGGGGAGCAUUAACAGUUUUGGUCUGUGUUUUAUUUGUUUGGGGGGUUAUAUAUGAGUGUUUUGCCUUGGGGGCGGUGAGCAUUACUGCUUUCCCCCCCUGUGAAAUGGGUAUUUUUUGGUGCCAGCAACAGUUUUAUAGAUUUCUAAGCUCUGUGAUAAGGUGAACAGGUGAACCGCAGCUGAGCAGAUCCAGAUAUUAAUCUGCAGAGAGGACCU